GUACAUUGCUAUAGAAAACAACGGUGGUUCUUAGUAGCAUCUUUCUCAUUCCACAAGUUUUCAUUGUGAAUGGUUCGGCUCAUACUUUAUUACUAUUUAAUAUGUAGCCACAGGAUUAUCUAUAGUUGUAAAGCUUGAAAUGGGUUUUCCAGAGACCAUUAGACAGUUAGAAACCCAGUGAACAAUAGAAGACUGGCCCAGUAUGUAUAUCUUGUAACUUAAUCUUUAGUUGUCUUUCCUGUUGAUUUUAAAAGGAUACUUAUUCCGCCUGUACUUUUUAUUUUCCUUCAGUGAUACCAGCAAACGAAUCGGUCAGGAUUGUCCGCGAACAGAGUAUUGAUAUGAAGCCAGCAUUUCAUUUACGCCGAGAUUUUCGUAUAUUGUAGUAUUAUUGUAUAAAACAUCAAAACUCUAACAGAGCAAGUGCAAUAAUUUGACAGUUUGCUUUGAACUGUGUAUGAGAGGCAACAUCUGAGAGCCAAUAUGCGAAGUGAAUUUGUUGGAUUUUUUUAUAUUUACUGGAACCUCAUUCUUCAAAUUUCGUGUAAAUCGACUGAAUUUCCGGAGAGGCAAACGCACUCGGGAAAAGUUCGCGGACGAGUGAGUGAGCGCGUGGUCGGAUCGCCCAUCGAGGAAUAUCUUGGGAUUCCGUAUGCUGCUCCGCCUACGGGAAAAAGACGAUUUCAGAGACCAACUAAACACGAUGUGUGGACUGAUACAUUCAAUGCGACAAAACUACCACCGGCUUGCUGGCAAGGUGAAGUCAAUGCCAAAUACAUUAGCAAACACAUGCCAGAAUUCGAUAUCGAUGACCAAAGUGAGGACUGUCUGUACUUGAAUAUCUUUGUACCAAAGUCUGUUGAGAAGAAUAUUACGUUUGCAGUUAUGUUUUACAUCCAUGGCGGGUCAAACAGAGCUGGAAUGGGUGCCAUGCUUCCCGGUGAUAUAUUGGCUGCCUAUGGACAAAUUAUCGUCAUAAAUUUCAAUUACAGAUUGGGCCUGUUAGGAUUUUUGUCUUCACCCGAGAACAACUUUACCGGAAAUAAUGGGCUUUUAGACCAAGUUACAGCCAUGAAAUGGAUUCAUUCUAACAUUCACUAUUUUGAUGGAGAUGAGAGCAGAGUCACCAUUGUCGGCCACAGUGCAGGCGCUGGGGAUGUUGGACUGCACUUGGUAUCACCAUUGACCAAAGGUUUAUUCAGUAAUGCAGUUCUGAUGAGUGGGUCUCCACUUGCACACUGGGCAAUGGCGAUGCCGAACCUGUAUAAAGGCUCCAAUAUUAAUUCCACAAUUCUUCGGUAUGCAUUGACUGCUGCAGACAUCAGGAGUGUUGACAUGGUAGACCUUAAAGCUAUCGAGAUCAUCCUGUCUACGUUGCUGCCAUUCAGUGUUGUUCCAUUCCCUGCUGUUGUCGACAACUACUAUCUGACAAAGCACCCAAGAUCCUCUUUUCAAAAUGGGGAGUUCCGUGGAAAUGCAUUUCUUCUGUCUUUUACCGCAGACGAAAGCUUUGGGGAUAUCGACUUGGAGAAUUACCCAUUUCCAGGUCACCUUAUGCGAUAUAAACCAUUUUAUCCAACAAUUUGUAAUUUUGAAGAUACCCUCAGAAAAGUGUACGGCGAUAUUGAACUGACCGGGAGGAGGUUGGUUGAGGCCGAGGCAGAUAUGUUGUUUUACGCCAGCAUUAUAGAGCUUGCCGAUCUCAUCGCCGACUCUGGGGUACAGCGGAAUGUCUCUGUCUUCGAGUACGACAUCCUAUUGUCAGAUCCAAUCAAAUCCAAAUAUGAAGGUGUCGAGCACGGGCAGGAUAUAUUCUAUAUGUUCGGAGUACCUCUGGUUGGUAGCAAACAUACAACGUACACACAGGCAGACAUCGAGGUUAGCAAAGCGGAGAUGGCUCUAUACAGCAAUUUUGUCAAAUCGGGGUCAUUGUCACUGGAUGGUUUGACGAGACUGGGCAGUCUAUACAACAAUCGUCAUCGGUCUUACAGUAAAAUGUCUUUCAGCGGCGGUAAUAUAACCAUAGAGCAAUUCCGAAAUUUCCGGGAAUCAAAACUUGAAUUUUGGAAUAACAUAGUUCUAAAAACAAAUGUUACCUGUGAUGCAAUAUCUAGUAAAUCUUCCACCAUAGUUCUUAUCCAUAUGUUUUAUUAUACAUGUAUUUUUACAUUGUUAUUUUGUUAUCAUGUUGUUUGUUAUCAAUGAAUCAUAAUAAAUUGCUAGCUUUAGGCUCCGAAAAACACGUC